CGGGUGGCGGCUCACGGGCCACGGGCGCCGCCGUGUGGCCGGCAGGGAGGUCGGGAGGAGCCCGAGGGCUGCGAGCGGUGUGAAGGAGAGUGAGGCAGACGCGUGGGGGCCGCGGGUGACACGUGGAGGUGCUGUGCGACGCCGACGCCGGGAGGCCGUGUGGCUGUGCGGCCGAGAGGGAUGAGUGACAGGGCGGGACUGAAGGGUCUGGACGUGCGAGUUAGGUGUCGGUGACCGUGUGACACUGAGGUCGGGAGUUCCUGUGACACUGCAGGGAUACUGCAGGGACCCUGUGUGGCAGUGGGGGAUCCUGUGUGAUUGGGUCUGGGAGAGAUGCAAUUUGGGGACUCUGACACUGAGAGAACAUAUUUGGAGAGACUGAGUGUGACGCUGUAUGUGAAGGGCAGGGGACAAGAGUGCCACGUGUGUCACGAGGCAGGGCGAGCUGGGCUGGGGUCCACCAAGUGACAGUAUAAGCAGGCAGCGUGAGCAAGGAGGGGACCUGGGUGUGGCAGAUUGAGAGCGAGACUGUGCGUGUCGGCCACACCGAGGGGCCGUGGACUACGCGUGGCACAGCUCGUGCGUGAUGCUCAGAGACGGGCUCAGGGAUUGACGGCUGGUUGUAGGCCACUGGGUGAGUGUGUGCAGUGCUGGAGAUGGCUGUGUGAGAACUCGUGAGACAGCAAACGACUGUGACAGCCAUGUGUGACACACACGGAAGCUCAGCAGUGUGUGUGAAACGCUGAGGUUGUGCGGAAUUCUAUGAGACACUGAGGCAUCGUGUGUAAGAUUGAGGCCUUGCACAGGAAGAUAUGAAUCUAUUCAUGUGCACUGGACAGGUGGCGUGUCACUGUGUGGGACACUGAGAAAUGUGUGUCAGACUGCGGGAGAGGUUUAAAUUGCACACCUGUCUGUGUGACAUUUUGAGAAAUUGACGUAGUCUGUGGCGAGAGAUGAUGACUGUGUGUGGCAUUUGGGAAAAACUUGUGAGGUUGUGUUGACACAGGUUGUUCAUGAAAGUGGCAUUCCCGUGUGCCAUCGCGAUGGUGUGCCUGUCCGUGUGGAGGACUUGGAGCAUGAGUGUGUGUGCUGCUGACAGGGCCAUGCUGAUGGGCUAGCACUAAGGUGGCGAGUGUGACCGAACUGACAGGUGAGAGUACGUGUGAUGCAGUAAGAGGCAGUGUGGGACCCACAGGAGGGGCUUGUGUGACUGUGGAAUAAAUGCGGUCCCUAGAGGGACCGUCUUCCUGUGAGGGUGAGAGACAGCCUAAGAAAACAGGAGCGACCAAAACACAGGAGAGAGACAAAGAGGAACAGACCGACUUAGGACGGGGGAGAGAUCCGGGGCUGCCUCCCUACAGCCAUCCUAGCCGUGAGCAGCAACAGGUAGGAGGCUCUGGUUCCGGUCCGGACAGUCCGUUCCAGCGCCACCGUCGGUCCGCCUGGGAAUGAAUGACCAUGUCCAACAACAUGGCCAAGAUCGCCGAGGCCCGAAAGACGGUGGAACAGCUGAAGCUGGAAGUGAACAUCGACCGCAUGAAGGUGUCGCAGGCGGCGGCGGAGCUCCUGGCUUUCUGCGAGACGCACGCCAAAGACGACCCCCUGGUGACUCCGGUACCCGCCGCUGAGAAUCCUUUCCGAGACAAGCGCCUCUUUUGCGUCCUCCUGUGAGCCCUCCCGACGGCUUACCCUCCCCUGCCAAAGUACGAGUCCAAUAAAUUUAGUGACUGUGGUAGUGCCUGUGCUUUGGGAAAAGUGAGGCAUACGCUGAGCUUGGGACUACUCGAGGGAACCUGUGUUCCUUCUUGCUUCUGCGUAUGUGUGGAACGUGGGCUGCAUGGAUGUCGAGACACCGCUAUUAAAGCCUUGGAAGAAACUGUCCUUCACCGAGGACCCAACGAUCUGAUCCUGAAUUUAUUUAAAAAUUGUCCCAGUGGCCCCAGAGAACACUGCAUGAUACUCGUGUUACAGAUGAGGACACUGAGCCUCAAAGUCACAGAGCUCGGAGAUAAUGACGUCGGUGUGAGGACUGUGGACCCCAGGCUCCCCUGACUGGGCCUGCUCCUCCCUGAAGGCCCAGACUCAGGCCGCACCUUUCAUAGCCAGCCCCCUCCCAGCUGCUGUCCUCAGGCAGCAGCCUUUUCCUCUGUUCACUCCUGAGCAACUGCUCCGUGACCAGCGCUGUGCUGGUUGAAGCUGGACACGUGGCUGUGACCUAGAGAGCCCUGGUCCUGCCCUCCUGGGGCGGAGGGUCUGGUGGGAAUGGCAGACAUGUCCCUAGAUAGAGAUGUUGGAGAGCCUGACCCAGCUAGGGGGACAGGAAGGACUUCCUGGAGGAGGAGACAUCUGGACCGGGACCUGGUGAUGAUAAAACUUGGGAGCCUGAAGCACGGAGAGCUUGGCUAGAGGAGUCCUGGGCAAUUUAACAAGACACUGUCUCAAAAGAUUAAGAAAGGGGCCGGGGAUUUAGC